ACGUUAAUGAGACAUAACGAAACCUCAUUAAUAUGCUGUCAUUUGUAGAUGAUGCCGAUUCGUUAAGGCGAAAGAGACAAAAGCUUAAUAACACCCCAAGCUCAAUACUUUUCAAACAUGUAGCAGAAACCGAGAAGCGCGCUCGAAAUCAACCUGUUAGUUUUAACAUUGUUAAAGCUGAACCAGUCGAUCGAGUAUCGCCAUUCGGAGGUUCAGGUAUAACUCCAGCAGGUUUCAAUUUACAGCCUGUAAGAUCAUCGCACAGUAACAUGCAGACUCUAAGACCUCAAGUAUCUCCAGGGCGGACACCAUCACCUAUGGAAUACAGUACUUACAAUCCAUCCGUCAUGCAGCAGCAAUAUCAGCCGAACAUUCAACCAAUAAUGCAACAGCCGAACUUGCCGGCAGCAGCGGAUGUUCAAGCAUUUUCGUACAUGCCGGAUCAACCGCAAUUACAAUUACAACAAACGGAACCAAACUUGAUGCUAAAUAGGAUAACGUCAGAAAAUCGAGGUCCAGAUUUACAGCCAAUAAACAAUAUCGGCAUAACGGGAGGCGCGUGUCUAUUAGACAUGGACAAUCAGCAAUUCAAUUUUGACUGGAAUUCCGCUGAUCUCGCGGAUUUUGGAGCGAACCUAUCCGCAAAUCUAUCAACUGGAUUGUCUAUAUCUGACUCUAUACAACCCGAGACGAACAAUGCUGAGGAAGACAACAGUAUGACCGAACGCACCACUUGGAUACACCAAGAACUCACCGCUUUGAAUAAGAUACUCAAGUCGAAUGCAGAAAAUGAUGGUUAAAAAAUUGGAUUUAGUUUAAUUAUUAUGUUUCUCAACUGUUAAUGUUUGUUACGAGUGCUCUCUUUACUGCCUCCGAGAAGAUCCCUUAGGCUAUAUUUUAUAGUAAGAACAAACUAAUAGUAAAUAUUUCACGUUCAAGGAACAAAGGAAUAUACAGAAAAAGUUAUGAUAUAAAUUUGCUUCAGUACUCACUAUUGACAUCUUAUUUAUAAAUAUAUAUAGAAUUUUAUAACAAUGAACAAAAAGAGAUGCUCUACUCUAGCUAAAUAUUAUUGGUACGGAAUUUGUAUACAAUCAUCGAUGGACAUUAGAUGAAACAAUAUUGUUACCGAAUCUUGAUAUUUAGUUAUUUGUGAUACAAUUUAUCUGAUAAUUACACAGUGCGUACUACGAUAUAUUUAUCUAGGAUAAAUCAUUUAUUAAAUUAAAGCUAAGUACAAUGUCUACCACUCACUUGCCAACAUCACAAGUUGAGGCGUUGUUAACGUAAUUUUUGAUAUAUUCUGACUGUGAUUCUAUAAAUUUUAUAGCUAAUCUUUUUCAUAUACAUAUGCGAUUGUAUGUACGAUACUCUUAAUGAGCAAUUUAAUACCGUGUGCAAUAGAAAAUAGUAAGUCUAUUCUUUUUAGCUGCACUAUAGAUAUGCUUCACGUAUAUAGACGUUUCGCGUCCAGCAUCUAAUUAAACAUUCUAAGGAAGAAAGAAUUUGUAUUGAGAUAAAUACAAGAGAUGCGGCUGUAUAUGGAAGCAUACUAUUUGUGGAACAAUCUCUGCAUGUAAAAUAUACAUCGUGAGAUUAGGUGAAUAUUUGUGUGCAAUUUCACGUGUUUUCUAAUAUCACUUUAUUAUUAUGUUUUUUGCACAGUUGUUUUUACAAAACUGUAUAUUUGUAAUAUAUGACUAUUAUUAUAUAUAUAUAUAUUUCGAAAAUAUGUAUAUUUCGAUAAAGAGCAUGUGGGAAAAAAAGAUAUUAAAUGAAUAUACUCAAAAAUUGUAAUGAAUAUUCCGUCCAAAUAUUACUUUUUAUGUUUUACAAUAGUUUUGUUUAAGGAACAACAUAUGAGAGAAAACAUACAGUUCCCUAAUCUAUAAAAAAUCGAUUUUAUUAGAAAAUAAAAAGUUGCAAUGAUAUAGUUUUUAUCUAACAAUAAGACGUAGUUUUAUAAUCACUUCAGGUAAUUUAUUAUUAUUAUUAUUACAUACAGAAUGCAGUAUAUAUUGCAGCAGAACCAAUAUAAGAAUUAUAUGCUUUAUAAUUUGCUAUUUACCUUGUGGCUAUUCGUUAUGUAAAUAAAAAGUUAUUC